AAUUUAUUGAGAAAAAUUCGUCAAGAUGUUCGAAGCACGUUUACCACAAGGAGGUCUCAUGAAGAAGAUUCUAGAAGCCCUAAAGGAUUUAGUUGUCAAUGCGAACUGGGAUCUCUCCGCCGAGGGUAUGUCUCUGCAAGCCAUGGAUAACUCUCACGUAAGUUUAGUGAGCGUGUUACUGCAGAGCAGUGGGUUUGAAGAGUACAGAUGUGAUCUUAACUGUGUCAUGGGCAUCCAGCUGGCCACCAUGAUCAAGGUUAUGAAGUGCUGUAAUAACGACGAUUCUCUCAAGAUGGAAUACAAAGAUGAUCCUGGUGAUUCUGUAACCUUCACAUUCGAAAGCCCAAACCAGGAACGAACAUCUGAGUUCACUGUCAAGCUUAUGCAGAUUGAUUCUGAACAUCUUGCUUUGACUGAUGAUGGCUACGAUGCUAUGAUUACCAUGCCUUCUGCUGAGUUCCAAAGAAUCUGCCGUGAUCUCUCUGCCUUUGGAGAUGCUGUAACGAUAGCUGUUAUCAAGAACUCCGUGACGUUCAACGCUUCCGGAGACCUUGGAGCUGGAACUAUUACUCUCCUUGAAACCAACAGCGAAAAAGAGGAAGAAAAAGUUCAGAUCGAGAUGGAUAACCCGGUAGCCCUGACUUUCGCAUUCAAAUAUCUCCACUAUUUCUGCAGAGGUGCUCCCCUUAGCCCACUCGUGAAACUCACUCUUAGGAACGAUUCUCCUCUGGUGGUCCAGUACGAUAUUGCCGACUUCGGUAAUAUCCGUUACUUCCUUGCUCCUAAAGUCACUGACGAGGAUGAAGCUGCAUAAAGUAAUUCUUGGCAUGGCAGGUAAAGGACAAUUUUUUAACCUAUUAUAUUGUAUUUGAAUGAAAAACCUUCAGAACUGCACACUAUUUGAAUUCAAUCAAAAUAUGAAAUUAACUUAUCAAUUAAAAUAACUGAGAAGUUUUCACCUUUAUAUAAUAACAUCAGAAGGCUCAAGUGGAUUUAAUUAUGUUCUCGAAAUUUUUAUUUCCAUUUUUAGAUAAUUUAUGUUUCUAUCAGGGCUAAUGACAGCCUAGGUUUUAACUAAUUUUUACCAUUUUUAACAAGUUUUAUUGUCUCCAGCUGUCCCAAUUAAGAUAUAAUUCAAUCUUGAUCUUGGAUCGCUUAACAUCAUUGAAGUGUUGACAGUGUUAAAUUGUAGUAUUUAUCUGCAAUAAUUGUUUAUGUAAUUUUCAAUUAUUAGUUCUUGAUAAUAUUUGAAAUGAGAAAUCAUUACUCUCCA